AUGCUGACAUUUUUAAUAGAUAAGGUAACUGGUGAGGGAGAGGAUAAGUAUUUGAUUGCUACUGCUGAACAGCCACUUUGUGCUUAUCAUCUUGAUGAUUGGAUUCAUCCUUCACAAUUGCCAUUAAGGUUAGAACAUUUUCUAUUAACUAUAGUUGCUUUACUGGGUGCGAAAGGACCUUCACAAAUUACAAAAGAAUGGCAGUUACUUUUGUCAAUUAAUACUGCACAAUAUGCCAGGUAUGCUGGAUAUUCAUCUUGCUUCCGUAAAGAAGCUGGUUCGCAUGGAAGGGAUACUCUUGGAAUUUUCAGAGUGCAUCAGUUUGAGAAAGUGGAACAGUUUUGCCUUACAAGCCCAAAUGGCAACGACUCCUGGGAAAUGCACGAGGAAAUGCUCAAAAACUCUGAGGAGUUCUAUAAGAUGUUGAAAAUUCCCUAUCAAGUUGUGGCCAUCGUUUCUGGUGCAUUGAAUGAUGCAGCUGCAAAGAAGUAUGAUUUGGAAGGGUGGUUUCCUUCAUCCAGUACUUACAGAGAGCUUGUCUCCUGCUCAAAUUGUACAGACUAUCAGUCAAGGAGAUUAGAAAUUCGCUAUGGGCAGAAGAAGAACAACGAGCAGGCAAAGCAAUACGUACAUUUGUUGAACUCUACCCUCACAGCGACAGAAAGAACAAUGUGCUGCAUCCUUGAGAACUACCAGAAGGAGGAUGGUGUUGAGGUACCAGAAGUGUUGCGAGAGUACAUGGGUGGGGAGACAUUUCUUCCUUUCUUGCAAGCACCAACCAAAGAAGUGAAAGGAAAGAAAUCCAAAGCUUGA